CUCCACCCUAGAUACCACCACCAGGAUUUAUGCAGCUUCGCAUCUACCUCUAGAGCCAUUCUGUAGCUAGCUGAGAAGAGAGCACAGGAGGAGUUGUCUCUGACAUUUUGUUGAAAUCUUCUGAAUUCUUCUCAGUGGGGGAGUACUGUAGAGAGACAACUGAAGUCUACCAUAUAUCAUUUUUCGUGGAAACCAACAAGGCCUUUUUUUCCCUCACUCAACGUUGAAGAAACUGUACAACUAGCAACAUGUGUACAGGAAAGUGCUCUAAGGUCAUUGCGAUCUCGCUCUACAUCCUGGCGGGGGUCUCAAUCAUCUGUAACAUCAUUGCGUUCUUCCCCGACUGGUCGACGAAGUACGCCAAGUUGGACAGAGAAGAAAAUGGAGCCCGGAUCACCGACGAGGUCAAAUUCAUGGGAGGUGUCAUCGGCGGAGGAAUCAUGUGCCUUAUUCCAGCAAUCCAUAUCCACCUGACUAGCAGCAAUGGUUGCUGUGCCAACCGCUGUGGGAUGUUCCUGUCCAUUGGGUUUGCUGCUGCUGGGGUUGUUGGAGCACUGUACAGUCUGGCUACAUCUGCCCUGGGCCUGUCCAAUGGACCUGUCUGUCUCUUUAUGGAAACACCAACAUCUGUUCCAGGGUGGGGGAGACCUUUCUUCAACAACAACGGGAGUUACCUGGGCGACAGUGACCUGUGGACAAAGUGUAUAGAGCCCAAAGGUGUUGUGGAGUUUAACCUUGGGUUGUUCGCGACGCUGUUGGUGGUGGCAAGUCUGGAGCUGGUGCUGUGUGGAAUACAGAUGGUCAACGGACUGUUUGGAUGCAUCUGUGGCACCUGCGGCGGCAGGGAGUAGGAAGCGUGAUGAUCCAUGAUGACCAUCGACUGUGAGCAUUUUUCAACCAUGACCACUUGACCACUUGAGGAACACAAUGAAGAACUGACCACAACCCAUCUGUACCCAUUUGUCAAGAGGAAUGAAUGGUUAUUGAAGAAAGGUUGACGUAUUCACAGUCUCUUCUCUCUAUGGCCUACAAAGAGUAUUUAUAAUAGACAUAUAAUGGCUUAGUGUAUUAGGCUGUUCAAAACACAUCAGUGACUGUAAUAAUCAGUAGUUAUGUUCAUUGAUAUGACUUUCUGUAAAUGUUAUGUUUCUCAUGUUUCAAUAUAAUUCUAUGCAUAUUUUAUGUUAUAUUUUGCAAUACAUGCUGGGUGAAAAAAACUAAUUCUGUUUAUUCUUUAUCUCGUUAUUGACGUUUUUUUUUUUUUUUUUUUACAUUUCCUGGUCAAAAUGCUUCUCAUGAAAACAUUUUAUUUAAUUGUAAGUAAAUAUGCUCACAGUUGAAGGGUAUUAUUCAACAGAACAUAUCUUAUCUUAUCAUUAUCAUUCAUUACACUAGCAUUACAUUUAUUGAAUGAUUCGAUGGUAUUCCGUUACAAAUGUAGCCUAGAUGAAACAGUAUGGAGGAAGAAAUAAGUAAGACAUUUAAAACUGCAAUAUGUCACUUUUUGGGCGAACCGAUGAAAUUCACAUAGAAUUUUAAGUUAUAGAUCUGUCAUUCGCAUUGAAUGCAAGUCUAAGAAGUGGUAGAUCUGUUCUAUGUCCUUUAUUUCUAUACUUCCCGUUCUAGCGUUUAUUUUGUGCAUCUUUUACUUUUGGCUUUAAACAGCUGACCAGCUUUAAACAGCUGAAAAUACAAUAUUUUUGUUUAUGGAAAAUAUAUUUCACAACUGUUUGGUAAAAUGAUUAUCUGCACUUGCUUGUUUUGUCACAUAAACAAACUGUAAUUAGUCGAACUAUUAGAAUUUUUGCAAAGAGGAAAUGUCGGAUCGAUUUCUACAUUUUGCACCUUUAAGCAAAACAAUAUGACCCCGACGUGAUUUGAACACGCAACCUUCUGAUCUGGAGUCAGACGCGCUACCGUUGCGCCACGAGGUCCAUACAGCAUUAUAGCUUUGUAUGGCUUAUACAACGUCUGGUGACCGUUAGUUAUAGUAAAAUAGUUACGUUGUGACAGUUAUUUGUUACAUUGGUAACUACAACUGUACAAAAUGGUUAUUCCGAUUUGCGAAAUGUAGCCUAAAUCAAAUACAAAUAUACAAUAUAACGUUUAAAUACGGUUUGAUACCGAUAAUGUUCAGAUGGGAUGUACAUUCUUCAUUACAUAAAAAAAAUAAAAAAAUCUGGAUUCAAAACGUUUUUUUCCCCGAAUCCAAAUUAACAGUUAUAUCUAGCUAUGUCGUGAUUAACAGCAUGCAUUGCCAAGUGAAUUUAAAUGUCCGUUCCUUCUCUUCCAGUCACGUAAAAGUCAGUGGCAGGCUAAUAAUUCUCAAUCUCACUUGGAAAGAUAAAAGAAAAUGUCGUCGAGGAAUGCCAUUAUUAAGUGCAAGCUGUUUCAAUAUGCUUUGUGUUGUAGUCACGACAGACAAAGAUAUAUAGUUAAGCAAACUUUACUAGGCAUGUUGUCAACCAGCACAUUAAUCAAGUAAGUAACAACUGGUUUCCGUUUCCUGUGUAACAUCAAUAUGAGUAACAUCAAUAUUGCUACAUGUUCUCUUUUUUUUUUUUUUUUACAACAAAGGCAGAAUCCACCUAACUUUGGCUUGUAGUCCAUGUCUGCAAUAAACUGGAAUGUGAACUGAA